AUGGCCGUAUCGCCUUUCCAGAAAAUCCAGGGUCACCCGGUCCAUAGUCCCCCGCCGAGGGUGUUACCCACCACCCCUGAUGCUGUGACACACUUGCCUGAGCUCUCCCCAGUGCACCAUUCCUCUGAUUUAGGCUUCAAGGGAGACGGCUUUGUGCCAAAUGACGGAAUGCCCCAGUGGAGACGAUUACCAACGUCAGACCAACAGUCGCCAAAACAGCGCCCAUCCCCUUUGGUGAGGCACAUGGGGCCACCGGAUGUCCCUCACCAGCAUAUCGUUCGAAGGUUGCCUAGCGCCUCUAGGGACCUGGGCCUUCCUUUGAAAGGCGCUUCAUUGAACCCCGUUUAUGUGUCUCGUGGAAGAAUCGACGGCAAGCAAGUUAACCGGCCUGCCAUCUCCGGACCUCCUCCAGACCAGUCUGCAUCAGUCUUGAGACCAGCGUCACAGAACUCCAACAUCUCUAGGAGGCGUAUGACCCCAGUUCGAUUGUCCCUCCCAUUUCAAGGUGACGAGAUGGUUGACCUUGAGAAAUUCGGAUCUGCUUGGAACAACUAUCUUCAGAACCACGCUCGCCGAAGUGAAAGCCUUGCUCAUCGAAUAUCAGAGUUGGAGAAGCUGAUUGCUGAUCAAAAGAAGACCACCCAUGAAUACGCAGACAGACUUAAGCAGCAGUCAUCGACAAUCUCCACCCUCGAGGACCGAGUUUCUGAGCUAUCAGACCAGAACACUAUCUUGACGAGGACCAACACAGAAGUUCGAGACGAGCUGGAGCAGAACGAUGCCAGAAGAAAGGAGAUGCAAGCUAAGGUCAAGUCAUACCGCGCCAAGUUAAAUGAAGCAAUUGUCGAGCAGCAGGAACUGUAUAAGCGCUGCAAGACAUUGUGCGACGGGGCCGUCGACAGCAUCCGGAAGGCAAAAGAGGAAUCAAAAUCGAAACAGCAAGCGGCACUGGAGCAAUUUGAAACAGGAAUGAAUAAGGCUACCGCUGCACGGGAUGCGAUGAGGUCAUUGUUGGAAGAGGAACUUCGGGUAUCUCAGGCAUACUGCGAAAAGGUUGGCGAGGAAAAUACAUCCUUAAAAGAGCAGGUAUCCCACCUGACAGACGAAUUGAAGGAAGAAAAGGGGAAGACUCAGAGACUGGCUGAGAAGAUCGAGCAUGAACAAGCGACGCAAGACCGCCUGCAAUGCCUCGAGUCGAAGUCGAACGAGAUUCUUGCACAGCUUCAAGAAGCGAGCUCACUAAUUCCAUUCGAUGAGGCUACAUGCACUGUGAUUUCUUCAAAACUUGAUGCGCUUCUUGAGCAUGCCACCACCACCGCAACGAAUAUUCCUAGCAUCCCUGAGAUGAGGAAGGGCCUUGUUGACUUGUUCUCGAUGCUCGAGAAUACAAGCACACGGCUCCAAGAAGAUGUCUCGACCGUCUUGUCUGGCCAAGAUUCCAUGCGCUCUACCUCCUUAAGUCUCGAAGCUACAAUUAGGGACCAAUUGUCAUUGGUCAACGAUCUGAUAAAGAGCCAGGAUGAACGCUUACUUACGAAGCUCAGUGAGAAGCACGAUAUAUGCGAAGAAUUAUCCGUCCGUCUAGCUGAGAAGGAUGGUGAGCUUCAGCUUGCUUCAACGAGGGUUAACGAGGCUGCGUCUGUAGCCGCGGAGAAGAGCCGUCUAAUCCAGGAGCUUGAUAGCAAAAUUAAGGCGCUUGAAGCAGUCUCUGAUGAGAAGUGCAAGCUCAAUCAAGAAAAUGCGUCUCUGAUAAAACAGCUGUGCAACAAGGAGGCGACUACCGCUGAGUUGCAGCUACAACUCGAGUGCGCUCUCGCACAGAAUGAGUCGAAAAGCUUGGAGCUGCAAAAUUGCCUUCAGGAGAUCUCGGAGCAUAUGAAGGCCAACAAAGGAGACUCGAACGACGUCUCUGCCAUGUGGGAAAAGAUGACUCUUGAGCUCGAAUCGGAGAAGCUCAAACUCCGGGACACAGAGAGGGCCAUCCAAAAAUACGAGGGCCAGAAAUUGACUCUAGAAAGAGACUUGAACGAAAUAACGGCAGAAAAAUCGAAGCUCUCGAAGGAACUGGCAGAUAUGAUGGCCUCACGGGAUGAUGAGAAUGCCACUCUUGAGAGGACAAGAAAGUCCCUAGCUGACGCCGAGCAAAGAAUUGUCAAUUUGAAGGGCAGAUUGAAGAAAUCCGAAUUUGGCAAACGCGAUAUCCGUGAAAUGUUGAACCGUUGGGCGGGUUCUGCAGACGGCCUCGGUGAAAUUCAGGGAGACAUCCUCGCCCUCGAUCUUGACGCGUUGCGGACUGUGGUUCGCGGGAUGGUGGCGGCACACCAAGAGUCGACGGCGGCUCGGAAUUGUCUCGUUGCGCUUAUCGACAAACCUCCAUCGCCAUCUGCGCACCUGGAAAUCCCAACUCGAGACUCAAUAAUCGUUGCCACAGAAAAUCCGUCUGGCGCGACGAACUUGCAGACGGAAGGAAAUGGACUGAUUUCUCGGCGGGAGUUCGGUACAUCUGAUUUGCUGAUGCAAUCCUCUCGAGACGAUGCCGGGCUAGUUGAGAACGGCAUCAUGAGUCCUGAGGUGGAGGCGGCUAACGAACCCGUACGGCGGAUCGUUGUUAGGAGCCCAUUCGAUGAAACUGCUGGCAUUGCUCCACCAUCCGUGGAGCAGGAACGGAUAUUCCGCAGGCAGACUCCACGCCCCUUAUCGAUUCUCAAGCCUGCGCAGGGCACCCAAGAGAAUAACGCCAUGACUCCAGCGACAACGCGAGGCCGCAAGGAAAGGAUCACAGCAUCUUCGAAGCCCCGUGGAAGGUCGAUGCCGCCUCUUCGUUCCCGCAACCGCAAGAUUGAGAGCUGUGUAGCAGACAAGGAAGGAGAUUCUCAAAUGGACGACCUGAUGAGCGGCAUCAGACUGGGCCUUUCGCUGCAGCAAGGCCAAGGUGGAGCAACUAAACUGAAGAGAACGACAACGCCAGUCCCAGAGGGUGAGAGACCGGCGAAGCUACAGAAAACCAGCCGAGGCAUCUUUGGGACGCUUGAAUUGGAAGUAGGCGAUCUAAAAUCGUCUUACUUUCCGAUGCGUCCUCAAAGCCGCCCUGGACUGGCGGAUGGUAUUGCGAGCAAUGGGCCGUCGAUGGUUCCCAUCACGAAGGCCAAGCCGAUGCCGCGUUAUAGUGCGGGAAAAAUUACCCGACAGCCAAGCGCCAAGGGAAGAAGCAGGAAUAUUACCAAGACAUAUUCUAAGAAGCCGCAGGAGACCGAGACGACUGUCGGCAAGUAA